AUGAAGAAACCCCGAUGUGGUGUCCCUGAUCACCCUCACUUGAGCCGCAGGCGGAGAAACAAGCGCUAUGCCCUGACUGGACAGAAAUGGAGGCAAAAACACAUCACCUACAGCAUUCACAACUAUACCCCAAAGGUGGGUGAGCUAGACACACGGAAAGCUAUUCGCCAGGCUUUUGAUGUGUGGCAGAAGGUGACCCCACUGACCUUUGAAGAGGUACCAUACCAUGAGAUCAAAAGCGACCGGAAGGAGGCAGACAUCAUGAUCUUCUUUGCUUCUGGUUUCCACGGCGACAGCUCCCCAUUUGAUGGGGAAGGGGGAUUCCUGGCCCAUGCCUACUUCCCUGGUCCAGGGAUUGGAGGAGACACUCACUUUGACUCAGAUGAGCCAUGGACACUAGGAAAUGCCAAUCAUGAUGGGAACGACCUCUUCCUGGUGGCUGUGCACGAGCUGGGCCACGCACUGGGACUGGAGCACUCCAACGACCCCAGUGCCAUCAUGGCGCCCUUCUACCAGUACAUGGAGACGCACAACUUCAAGCUGCCCCAAGACGAUCUGCAGGGCAUCCAGAAGAUCUAUGGACCCCCAGCUGAGCCUCUGGAGCCCACGAGGCCACUCCCCACACUCCCCGUGCGCAGGAUCCACUCCCCGUCAGAAAGGAAGCAUGAGCGCCAGCCCAGGCCCCCUCGGCCACCCCUCGGCGACCGGCCGAAGCAUGAGCGCCAGCCCAGGCCCCCUCGGCCACCCCUCGGCGACCGGCCAUCCACACCAGGCGCCAAACCCAACAUCUGUGAUGGCAACUUCAACACGGUGGCCCUCUUCCGGGGCGAGAUGUUUGUAUUUAAGGAUCGCUGGUUCUGGCGCCUACGCAAUAACCGGGUGCAGGAGGGCUACCCCAUGCAGAUCGAGCAGUUCUGGAAGGGCCUGCCUGCCCGCAUAGACGCAGCCUAUGAAAGGGCGGAUGGAAGAUUUGUCUUCUUCAAAGGUGACAAGUACUGGGUGUUUAAGGAGGUGACAGUGGAGCCUGGGUACCCCCACAGCCUAGGGGAGCUGGGCAGCUGCCUGCCUCGUGAAGGCAUUGACACGGCUCUGCGCUGGGAACCUGUGGGCAAGACCUACUUCUUCAAAGGCGAGCGGUACUGGCGCUACAGCGAGGAGCGGCGGGCCACAGACCCCGGCUACCCCAAGCCCAUCACCGUGUGGAAGGGCAUCCCACAGGCUCCCCAGGGGGCCUUCAUCAGCAAGGAAGGAUAUUACACCUACUUCUAUAAAGGCCGGGACUACUGGAAGUUUGACAACCAGAAACUGAGCGUGGAGCCAGGCUACCCACGCAGCAUCCUGCGUGACUGGAUGGGCUGCCACCAGAAGGAGGUGGAGCGGCGCAAGGAGAGGCGGCUGCCCCAGGAUGAUGUGGACAUCAUGGUGACCAUCAACGACGUGCCGGGCUCCGUGAAUGCCGUGGCCGUGGUCAUCCCCUGCAUCCUGUCCCUCUGCAUCCUGGUGCUGGUCUACACCAUCUUCCAGUUCAAGAACAAGGCAGGUCCUCAGCCUGUCACCUACUAUAAGCGGCCAGUCCAGGAGUGGGUGUGAGCAGCCCAGAGCCCUUUCUGUCCACUCGGUCUGGCCAGCCAGGCCCUUCCUCACCAGGGUCUGAGGGGCAGCUCUGGCCACUGCCCACCGGGGCCAGCAGGGCCCUAGGCCAGGGUCGUACAGCUGAAGUGGUAGGUGCAUUGGCCUGGGCUCAGCGUGGGGCAGGGAGUGAUGGGGGCUGUGCCCCAGGGUGGGUGUCUGGCACACAGCUGCCAGCCUUCUGUCCUGGAUAAACUACUCUCUACUCAAGGGAGUAGGCCAGACCCCAUCAGGAGGCAGGGACCAUGCCAGGAGGAGCACCUGUGGUCACUGCAUCCUGUGGUGUCCAUGAGACACCACAGCUCCAUUCCUGGCUGGGACCCAGCACCCUCUGUGGGAAGCCAGCACUAGCUCUCAUCCAUCUGGGAGAUGCCACAAGUCCCAGUCCCCUUUUGCCAACACCUGCUGGUCAGAUGUCCCCCCACCCCAACCCCACUGUCCUCCAAGGCUACAGAACCCCUACUGCCGACACAGUGGGCAACAAGCCUGGGUUUCCUCUGCUAGCACAGCAGAUCCCUCAGGAAACCUGCUUCUCUUGUCAGUGUCUCCUCCGAGACCCAGGAUUAGGGUCACAUGCUGCAGGCAGGACUGUAGCCCAGCUGGGUCUCACAAGGACCCAGCUGUCACAUCGUGAAUAUUUAAAUGUCCUGUCACUACUGUUUAAAGUCCCAUUUUGCAAAGGCUGCUUGAGGCUUUAGAUGAACUAGAGGUGACUGUCUUGGCAAUGAGGCCCACAUGGUGGCUCACCCCCAGGCGAUAAGGACCAAGGUGCUGCUAAGGCCGCUCUAGCUCCCUGACACCCCAGGACUUGGGCCCUGCUCAGGAGGCUAAAGAGCUGGGGCAGAAGCUGACCCCAUUUCUGGAGGUGGAUUCAACUUUGUGACCAUCCUUCACGCACCCCUCUCCCCACUCCCAGCCCUGCUCCAGCCUGUCACUUGUGGCCUGGGGGCUCAGCCUGACUAGUUAGGUGAAGCAGAGAUGGCACCAGGGACAACUGUCAUGGCCUCAGAGUGGGGGGCCCAGGGCAGACUUUGGAAGUGCUCAGUGCCCAUACUCCUGAGACUGACUCAGUCUCUCAGCCCGGAACCAUCUUCCCACAUUGCUCUUUGGACAAGGGCAUCCCCAACUGGUAGCAGCCUCAAGCCUAGAGGUCUCCCUUUUUGACCUUGUCGAGCCUACCCUUCUCCGUCUCUGGCAAGAGUUCCUAGGGCUCAGCUUGCCUUGCUGCAGUCCAGCAGCAGCAGCCCUGCUUGUCACUGAGGAGCCCCAGGCAAGACCAGUGGGUUCAGUGAUGCCCACUGGCUCUCUGCCAAAGCCAAAAAGAGGUGUCAGCCACUCUUCAGGGUGCUGGCAGGGUCUCAGAUGCCACCCCUGCCCUUUGCGCCUACAUGGGCCUUGUUCCCACCCUGUGGCCUCUGGGCUUUGGGUCGGCUUACCCUGUAGCACAGACAGGGACUCCUGCUGCCCUGGGAGCUGUCCUGGGCAAAACCUCUUGUCCCAGAGGCACCUAUGUGGGCCCACUGUGUCCCCUGUCAUCAUCAUCCUG